AGAGAGAGAGAGAGAGAGAGAGAGAGAGAGAGAGAGAGAGAGAGAAAGAGAGGGAGCGAAGGGGGGAAAGCGAUCACUCGCAGACUUCCAAGUUAUAAAAUGUCUCAUUAGACAGAUUUUCUUACGACGUUGAAUCUACGGACGUUUCUAAGCGCAUAGGAUGUUUAGGAAGAUCGAUUUAUGCAAAUCAUGCAGUUUGAACUGAAAAAUUCUCGGAACAAAGGGUACACCGAACACGGAAUAUUUCUGGAAAGGGGAAAUUUAUUUUUUGGGACUUUUGUGCGCACUCGACCAAUUUCCGCAGGUAGUAAAAUAUCAACGUAAAUCAGGCUGGCAAUUUCGAGCGCCUUACCCCGUACGGCCCGUACAUUGAACGAUUCAUCGGCGUGAACCCUGGUGGGCCACGAUUUCGCAGAGGCUAUAAGUUUCCUCAUUGAUAUCGGAUACGCGAAUGAGUCAUCACUACUCUUGGUAUUUAAAACACAUACAGGAGACCCGCGAUAUAUAGGAUCAUAUUUAUGCGCGAUAUACCUCGGUAUAUCGAGAGUAACGUCUAGAUUGGUAUGAUCUUGGUUAUUUGGGAUAAAAGUACAUGUACGAUGUAGAGUCGCAGUCACAUUCGGUGCUGAAUACGUGAUGUGGCGCGAUAUGUGAAGGAGGUUGAAAUUCUCGGUGGCAUUUAUUCUAACUCAUCGCUGCUCUCUGAUGCGCCAUCGCCACUAGCGGCGUUGAUCCACCCGUUCGACAGCGCCGUUACGCGUGAAACGAGCAGCGCCAAAACGCACCGAGCGGUACCGAGUACGAACUGACGCGAACACGGCCGAAAGCGUGAACGGAGAGGGGGCGGAAACGUAACGCGCGCGAAGCGAGUUCGGCGCGGUGCGCGGAGCAAGGGGGAAACGACAGAAUGGGCUCGGAGAGGCGAAGGGACGGGGCGUUCGGGUGGACUCGGGGAUCUUCGGGCAGCCACUCGCGUCGCUAGUAGCGCCUCGGCUCGGCAGCGGUGGGAGUAGGGACGAUGCAUGGGCUUCGGCUAGGAGGCACUCGGGAGGCAGGGAGGGCAUGCGAACGACGGUGGAGCGUACAGUUCGGUAGUCGCCAUUGCGAGUCUCCCUCGUGUCUCGCGCAUCGCGACCGAUUCUGUAAUAUACGCGUGGAGCCUGGACUCUAUUUUUCCGCUUAACCAAAUAUAAUACAUCUCCCCGUUGUGGGCCCCCAUGCGCGAUAUCCCGAUGCAGAGAUAUUGCAGCGAGCUGACCGAAAAAUUGUUGAAAUCCCUUGACAAGGAAUACAAUGUAAGUAAAGGCGGAGUGUGGUGUGUCGCGGCGAGAUGCACCGCGCCGUCUCCGUGUCCGUACGCGCAAACGGCUAUCGGGCCACUCUCCCCCGUCCGCCGUGUUGCUGCCUGUACCAGUGACGUGCGCGAGAGUGCCCGCUAGAGUGACAGCGUGUGCGUCUAUAUCUGUACGCGCGCGCCUACGUGUACCUGCGUGCGUGUGUGUAUGUGUGGUAGCGUGGCGGCCGCGACGGUGGCGAGUGUCGAGUGUUGCUGCCGCCGCCGUCGCGACUACGACCACGACCGUCGUCGCCGUCGCGCGCCGCGAUACACUGUUCCUCUCUCCGCGAGGCACGCGUCACGGAGAUGGGACGGCGAUCCGCGCGCACAACGUCGUCGAUAUGCGAGCCGUUGUCGAUGUCAUUUCGGCACUGGAAAAGACGACAGUUACUAAAGAAGUGCUGGAGAUUACAAGACUUGGAAAACACAUUAAUGAGCUUCGUCGAAAAACGAGUAAUGAAGCCUUGGCCAAGCGUGCGAAGGAUUUGGUACGCCGCUGGCGAGACAUGGUUUUACCGACGGUACAGCCUACCCUGGCUGACACGGCACCACCAGCUCUCAAUGGCGCGAAGGAGGUGGCCAUGAGGAAUUUUAAGCCACAGAGCCCUGCGUUACGAGAGCUCAAACCUCACAGUCCUUUAUUGAUAAAAGAUGCCACUCCUCUCAGAGUUCUCAGUCCAGCAUUAUCUAUGCAUAGUGACCAUUCGCGAUCUCCUAACGCGUCUUCGAACAGCAAGCAGUCAAUUACCCUGAGCAAUCACAGGAUAAGUUCCUGCUCGAGGAAUGCGUCUCCAGUGCUCGGUACCUCGAAUCAGAAUCAUGUAACGGAAGCGGUGCCGCGUACACACAGUUCUAAUAAGCGACUACGGAAAGAGGACAACAGCAAGGACCAAUGUCAAUACUAUCAAUCGCCACAUGGAACUGAGUCGACGAUAGAAGAAGUCAAGAAGCAACGGCUCAAUGGCGAGAACAUAAGUGGUAAUUUAAAUUCGCAAGUGCCUAGCCCCACCCUGAAGGGUCGAAUCUCCGACUGUUUCGAGACUUCCCUCGAGCUUACGAACGAGGAAUCGGGCCCGAAGAAACGCGGCCGUAAAAAGGGCAGCAAGUCCGCGAAGCGACAAUCGUUACUGGAAGACAGCGUGAAAGAGAAGCUGGCCAGUAUCUCGAAAAAUCCGAAACUAAAGACCACGCAGGAACUCCUGGCCGAUUUACAGGCGCGCGGAAGUAAUUGUAGUCCCGUCGGCAGCGCCAAUGCCCUAGCUAGUCAAAGCGUCGCGGGACCUCCCAGUAUGGAGGAUGUUCUGCGAGGCAGCAACAAUGAGCAGGUGUCCAAAUAUCUGCGCAGUUCAAGCCAGAAGAACUUUCAGAGUUUUGGCAGGAGUCCGGCCUCCUCGGAGAUGUCCACUGGCAAAACGCGACAUAAAGCGGCUCGAUUGAGGUCCGCGGAGAAUUGUCACGAAUCCUCACCCGAAUCGUGUCAAGACAGGUUGCGUGAAGACGAUAGGUUAUCAGGUACCACCGAGACGUCGACGUGUCGAUCACCGUUGCAACGGGACCUUACGGUCGAGGAGAUAUUAGCCAAGUUACCGCCUUUAGAUCCCAGCUCGAUAGACUGGGGCGAGGACGAAGAACGGAACGAAACUGAAUGUUUUCCUCCUCUGCCAUCGCCACGGGAGGUUACUGCCGAGGAUCUCGAGAGGUUACACGCGCGGUGUAUCGAAGGACUUAACGGGAACUUCCAGCCGAGGCUGCCGACGGCAACCGUGUGUUCCGGUGACGAGCGCUCGAAUGCCAUGGACGGAGGGAACGGGGUAUCGUCGGGAUUAUCGAACGUGGAUAGUGUAAAAAGUGUGCGUAACAACCAAACUGACGAUGUGGAAUUUCGGGAGUGGCAUCAGAUGCUAGCGAGGCCCAGUUACCAGGGCGAGAUCCUCAACAUAUUGCCUUAUGUUAUUAUCGAUUAGUGAUUUUAUCAUCUUAUUCUAUUACUAUCCUCUGUCCCUUCUCCUGCCCUUGAGAAAAACAUUGUGAAGAGACUCUACGAAAAAUUAAAACGGCCAAUCGAGAAACUCGUUUGGUCGGUUGGUCUAUCAAAAACUAACGAUUUCUAUUUCGAUUUCUGAUUGUACUUCUUAUUUCUAUUUACGCUGGCACUGACGCGCCACACUACUAUUCUCCUUGCCAUCAUCAUCAUCAUCAUCAUCAUCAUCAUCAUCAUCAUCAUCAUCAUCAUCAUCAUCAUCAUCAUCAUCAUCAUCAUUAUCAUCAUUCCCAUUAAUACAGCCGUUAUCUCGCUGAACGUACAUGUACAAUCCCGCGCGACGAAUAGCCAUUCUUACCUUCAUCAUCGUUAUCGACGUCAACAUCGUCGUAUUAGAUUUAUUAUAAUUAUUAUAUUAUAAUAUUAAUAUUAUAAUUUCUAUAAUAUUAAUAUUAUUCCUUUUUAUUAUUAUUAAUAUUAUUGUUAAUUAGUAUUAUUAUGUCGAUUAUUAGUCCCUGCUUUUAUUCCUUUCCUCCCCCAUCAUUACUCUUAUAAUUAUUGUUAUUGCUAUCAUUAUCACUGCAUCGUCGUUAUCAUCGUCAUUACAGCUACCAUAGCUACCGUCACCAUCGUCGUCGUCGUCAUCAUCGUCAUUAUUGUCGUUAUCGUUGUGCUGACGAUAAAGAAAUUAAGAGACCACUAGGAAAAAAAAUAGAAUCAAUGUUAAAUUAUGAUUAUCAGGACACAAACAGCCGCAUACGAUUGGUUUUGUAAUCGCUCUGUAUAUGCGGGAUGAGUUGUUAACUGUUAAAUACAAAUAACAUAGACAUGGAAUAACAAAUAUAUCGCGGGAUGCACGUGCUGCGAUACGAGUACUGCAUUAUUUUUACACAUUAAUAAAAAUAGGCAUCAGUGUGAUUCCCCGACUUCUCAUUUUGGAAUAUUCAGAGAUGUACGGCAAUGAAUGGUCGCUUCUCUUACACAUAAUUUAUGUACAAAAAAAAUUGAUUUACGUCUCUUAUACGUAAUUUAUAUACAAAAAAUUGUCUCUUUUUUUAAAAUACACCGUGUUUAAUUCAAGUAGAGUUGAUCUUAAUCUCUAUCCGCGCGCGAAAAAAGUAAAAGAAAUAAAAAAAACAGAUGCAUUACUCUUGAGAACUUGUGGGAAGACAUGCAGAUAUGUACAAGGGCAAAAUGCAUAAACGAGGUUCGAAUAAUCGUUAUAAUCUCCAAGACGUUUGUCGUUUCUUCAAGUAUUUCACAAGACUGUUACACAGGGACUUUAUCGCGCGACUGUAAAGAACAACACGAUUUCUUCGAGCUAUCAAUAAGUUAGGUACACCGGUGCCUUAAUCAAGCGAGAGAAAAAGAAAGGGGGAAAAAUAUAUUUGUCUAAGUGCAUCAUAAAGAUUUUCUACUCAAAAUUUUUUUCGUUGCAUCAUUGCGUUGCGAUUUACGGCGGACGUAUCAUAAAGUCACACGGUCGCGCAUCAUAAGAUUACGACGAAAAAAUUGCGUUAACGAUUAAAUACGAACGCGACACAUGAUUUUUUUCGCAGGUGCAAUACCGGACAGGUUCGAAUUCGAUAAUAAAUACAUAGGAUGUAUUCCCGAAAAGUUUGCAGGGCUGAGUGAAUUAUAAUAAAACGAGAUUCCGAAACGGGAUGCGUGCCUCUGGCUUGUCUCAGAAGCGGUUCAUAGUCGAGCUCAAAUAUUAUGAUAAGGCGUCUAGUCCAGUGAAAGAAUCGAAAGAAUUGUUUUUGUAGAGCUGCGUUCAAUACAUUUGUUAAAACCA